UGAUUUAUAAAUAUAUACUCUAAAGUAUGAAACAUUUUCUUAAAACUAAAAUCCAAUUAUGAGAUAAGAGAUGUGAAGUUGAAUUAAAACUGGACAAUACACUCAACCGUUAUUCUUUUUAUUUAAGAGAGAGAGGGAGAGUUACAUGCAAUUUUGGAAGCCUAUAAAUAUAAAUGUUAUCUUUCUUCUCUCUUCACUAUCUCUAAAAAAUUCCUCCAUUAUCACCACCUUCAAACUGCCUCUAUAGCCAUGAUUGCCGGCAAGGAUGUUAUCAACAUUCUCAGCGCAAUCGUCCCAAUGUACUUCCCACUAACAAUAGCCUACAUUACUGUACGGUGGUUCAACCUCUUCACCCCCGACCAAUCCGCCGGAAUCAGCCGCUUCGUUAGAACCCUCGCCAUUCCAUUCCUCUGCUUCCAAGUAAUCUCUUCCAACAAUCUCCUUACCAUUAAUCUCAAACUCUUCGCCGCCGAUUCACUUCAGAAGCUUAUUUCCCUCGCCGCUCUGUUCCUCUGGAAAUUGCUCUGUACCAACGCCUCUCUCGAUUGGAUGAUUACUCUCUUCUCUCUCUCUUCUCUUCCCAAUACGCUCAUCAUCGGCCUUCCAAUGACGACGGCGAUGUACGGCCAAGGUUCGGUUGGUUUCAUGAUUCAGACUCUGGUUUUUCAGAACGCCAUUUGGAUCAAUGUGUUGAUUGUUCUGUUCGAGUAUAGGGCUGCGAGAAUGAUUGUGGCGGCGGAGGAGGAUCGGAGGGGUGGUGGUGGAGAGUGUGGUUUGGUGGAUUUAAAUGGAUUGAAACAGGUUUUUCCAGAUAAAACAGAGGUGAGUGUUGGGUGUGUUGAUGGCGAUGGUGAAGUUGGAAGUGAAGGUAAUGGUAAUGGUGGUUUUCCGGUGAAAGAGAUAGUUUCGGCCGACGGCGAUGGUGGUUCUAGACAUAUAGGGGUGAUUGUAGAGGCUGAGAAGGAAAAUGAUCAAUCGGAGGAUACUUUUUCCUCCAAAGGAGGAAGAAGUGGAAUGACAAAACUUGUAGUUUACAUGGUGUGGAAGAAGAUUAGAAGAAAUCCCAUUACUUAUUCAAGUUUAGUUGGCAUCAUUUGGUCUCUCCUAUCAUUCAAGUAUGACAUAAAAAUGCCUACAGUGUUGCAAAGAUGCGUAUUAAUGUUAUCAGACACAGGCCAAGCUCUCUCCAUGUUCACCUUAGGCAUUUUCAUGGCAACACAACCAAACAUCAUUGCUUGUUCGCUGUCCGAAGCUGCCUCCGCCAUGCUUGUUCGGUUCCUCGUUAGUCCCAUGCUCAUAGCUGCCAUUUCCAAACUCAUCAACCUUCGUGGGAUUGCAUUGCAUACCGCUAUUAUUCAGGCUGCUUUUCCUCAAGGAGUUGUUUCAUUUGUAUUGGCUAAGGAAUACAAUGUUCAUCCAAACGUACUAAGUACUUCGGUGGUUGUUGGAAUGUUGAUUGCCUUCCCAAUAAUUCUGUGUUAUUAUCUGCUUCUGGGGGCCAUUUUUUAAACAAAAGCAAAAACUGGAAGUCCUGAAGAGUUAUUAAAAGCUGAGAUUUUGGGCACUCCAAUUAAAUUGUGUUUGUAGACACACACUAUGUAUUAUUGUCUCUAUCUAAUGUAUACUUUGUUUAAUUCCAUUCCUCACAUAUGUUACCUUACAUAUUGGAUUUUAUUUUUAUGUACAAUGUUCUAAAUUGUGAUGCUUUUGUAUUUGUGUACAAACUCUUCUUUUAAUAUCAAAUUCAAACUAUAGCUAAGUAAAUGAAGGCUACUACCGUCUUUGUAUA